GAAGAAACCAUGACUUCUACGUCUUCAACCUCCACACCAAGCCCGCUCCUCUCCCUCCCAGCAGAACUACGUCUCCAAAUCUAUAGAUACGUCCUCGAAGCCUCGUCCUCUCAGAGUUCUCCUCAUCUACUCUCCCAAUACUGUGGACACAACACUUGGAUCUCACCACCAAUCUCCCACACCAACUCUCUCAUCCGCAACGAAACCCUACCUCUCUACUUCAACACUACAAACUUUAUCUAUGAUCUACGUUCCCCUUUAGAUGAAGGAAUAACCGGUCUUCUCAAAGUUCUUCAAUGGUUUCGAGAUAAUAACCUCGUGAUGAGUAAAUUGAGGUUCAAACAUGUCAACAAAGGCAUCCUCUCAAUCCAAGAAUUAAGGAAGUGGGUAGAGUGUUUUAUCGAAUACUUUGAUGUACUGCCAGACUCCAAAAACAUCGAAUUCUGUCAGCAAGGACUACAAUACAGAAACUUUGCCAUCCAAGCUGCUGGAGUGUUAAAAGCAUUGAUUGGAUUUUCUGUCUCUAUCAAUAAAAGUAUCAUUGGCAGUGGAGAGGAAAAAGAAUUGGAAGAGUGGAUAGAAAAGUUUUUGGAAAAGACGGAAGAGGGAAGGGUUGUUCUUAGAGGUAUCAAGGUUGCUGAGGAGUUUGUCAAGGGGUUUGGGGCUGCUGCUGGGGGUGAGGUGCAAGGGUUUAAUGUUUUGAGGUGGGCGUUGAUGAGUGGAGGUAUGAUUGAGGGAUUGAAACAUGCUGGGUAUACAUGA